AUUUGAAUACCGUCAGCUACCUAUUCCAGCUUGCUCCUGUUUGUGUAAAGGGUCUUUUCAUAUGCAAAAGAAGGGGGAGGGGGGAGUGUCUUAUUUGCCACUUGCAGUGGGCUUUCCAACUACCUUUUCAACAGAGCUAAACUGAAAGCUUGAUGGACACAUUGGGGGUUUCCUUGUUGGCGGGUCAGCGAGUCUUAGUGACGUGGGAUAGCAGUUCCCCCACUGAGAACUUGAAGCUGCUGGUAGAGCGUGUGCGGGAGGCAACAAACCCACAGGGAAACAUUUGUGUAGAGAACAUCGAAAUGCUGCUGUUAUCUGCUCACGCGGACUCCAGCUUUGACGUGGUUUUGCUAGGUUUGGUCCCUGGCAGUGUUGGUGUGCACAGCUCGGAAGUACUGGCUGAGGUUGCACGUAUCCUAAAGCCCGGAGGAACUCUGGUCACACAAGAGCCUGUGGCCCCUGGAGCUGAUAAGAAAGCACAGAUCCGUACUCCAGCACGUCUCUCCUCUGCACUAACGCUCUCAGGGCUAACAGAAGUGACCCAGCUGUCGCAAGAAGCCUUAACCCCGGAGCAGCUGCAGGAAGUAGAGAAGAGCCUGGCGUACAAAGGGAGCGAUGUAACAUUGAUUCAAAUGAAUGGAAAGAAGCCAAACUUUGAGGUUGGAUCAUCACGGCAGUUGUCUCUCUCCAAACGUCAAGUGUCAGUUAAACCUGCAGUAGAUCCGGCAGCAGUGAAGCUUUGGACUCUGUCAGCUAAUGACAUGAAUGAUGACAACGUGGAUCUUUUAGACUCUGAUGAGCUGCUAGACCAGGAGGAUUUAGAGAAGCCAGAUCCAUCUUCCCUACGUGCAAGUGGCUGUGGGGAAGGAAGUGAGAAGAAGCGCAAAGCUUGCAAGAACUGCACUUGUGGAUUGGCAGAAGAACUGGAGGAAGAAAAGACAAAAAGCGCUGUUCCUAAAGCUGCCCCAUCAGCAUGUGGUAACUGCUAUUUAGGAGAUGCAUUCCGCUGUGCCAGCUGUCCGUAUCUUGGGAUGCCGGCAUUUAAACCAGGAGAGAAGGUAUUGCUGAAACCGGCACAGCUGCAGGAUGCCUAGAGUAGAGACGGAUGCCCUGAGAGGAGGGCUGACUUAUUAUUAUUAUUAUUAUUAUUAUUAUUAUUACACACCCUCCUCUCAUUACCAAACAUAUUUCAGCGUGGCUGAUACUUCUGACUGGACUGUAUAUUUGUGGAUGAAGGAACAAAUGUAUGUGACCACUUUCGACACUGUUACUACAGUCUCCAGAACUAGUCCAUGGAAGAAACAAGCUAUAGUACACACUGGGAGCUUUAUGGUUUAAAGAGAUGUCCGUCCUUGUACCCAGGAAGAGCUAUGCUUUAACUGGGAAGCAUUUAACGUUAACUGGGCUGACUGAAUCAACAAUAGCAGGAUGUGAAUAUAAAGUCACGGUUCCUGUUUGAUCUAAUGUGGACCAAUAUAUAGAGAAACUAUAUAUAAUACUAGAGGCUCAUUAUAGUGGUGUAUUUAUACAACACAAUAUAGUUAUCUCCCAAGGUUUUAACAAACAUGCAAAAUAAACAAAUCCUCUCUAUAAAGCUCCCUCCUUCAUAUGUAAAAAUAUUUAUUAGUGUAUUUCGUUAUUUUCUUUUUCUUUGUUAGAAGUAAUAUAGAAGUUGUGCAGUUAAAUACACAAUACAGGACUACUGCUCUUGUACUGCUGAAGGUGCCUAACUAUUAAAUAAAUAUAUUUCGUACAUGG